AUGAAAUCUUGCAAGUUGGGCUGCCAGCCGGCAGGCGCGCGCGCCGCAGCCCCGUGCGCGGGCGGGACCGAGUGCGCAGGCGCGUGCGCCGGGGCCGGCCGGCUGGAGAACGCGGCGCGCAGACGCCUGGCGGCCAACGCGCGUGAGCGCCGCCGCAUGCAGGGGCUGAACACGGCCUUCGACCGCUUGCGCCGCGUCGUGCCGCAGUGGGGCCAGGACAAAAAGCUGUCGAAGUACGAGACGCUGCAGAUGGCGCUGAGCUACAUCAUGGCCCUGACCCGCAUCCUGGCCGAGGCCGAGCGCUUCGGCUCGGAGCGGGACUGGGUCCAACUCCACUGUGAGCACCCUUACCUGCCGUUCGCGGGCGCGAAGCUGCCGGGCGAGGGCGAGCCCUACGGCCAGAGGCUCUUCGGCUUCCAGCCCGAGCCCUUCCCCUUGGCCAGCUAGGGCGCGCGGGGACAGCGGGACCCGGCCCCGGGGAGCCGCAGGGGGGUGGGAGGUCUUUGAAGAAAAUUAGCCAGCUUGCGGUUGCUUUCCCUUCGCAUCCUCGACCUAUGGACACCUGUGGACGCAAGACUUCGAUCGCCCCUCCCCUCCCUUUUCUGGAUUUGGUAGAUUUCAUUCACGAAUCUUGUGAAUGAGUCUGAUUGCUGUGUAAAUAAUGUCCGACCUUUUUCCGGGACUACUUAGAGGGAAAUCAAGCUUAAGAAAAUGUAAGCUUAGGCUGUACCGAAGUUUCAGUCCUCUGAACAAUAGCCACUUGUCCUGUUGGGGAGAAGUGACACUAUGCGUUACUGCGUGAGCACCCACAGCCACCUUGCGGUCGUGUAGAUGCGUUUCUGCUCAGCGUCAUGUGUGCAUGCGUCAGCUAGAGCUAGG